AUGCCUCGCCUGUUCUUGUUCCACCUGCUAGGAGUCUGGCUGCUACUGACCCAAAUUUCCAGAGCAAAAAUGGAUAAGGGGGAGGAUCUGAACCAAAUUAUUUUUGCAUGUGGCCGCCGACUAAUACGCAUUUGGAUUGAGGUUUGCGGCUCUACAGGUUUCAGAGGAAGAGCUAAGAGCCAGACAGAGCACCAACCCGGAUCUGAACCUUUCUCAGAAAUUGUGCCAUCAUCCUUCAUCAACAAAGAUGCAGAAACGAUAAAUAUGAUGUCAGAAUUCAUUGCUAAUUUGCCACAGGAGCAGAAGACAACACAGUCUGAGAUGAAUCUACCUUCACCAGAGCUACAGCAAUAUCCACUCACCUUAAAGGGUUCAGAUAUUAGCUUUGAAGAAGUUAAGAAUAAUAUUCAUAAUAAACAAGGUGAAGGAGAAGACAACAGUCAUUCAGAAUUACAAAACUUAGGAUUGGAUACUCAUUCCCGAAAAAAGAGAGAGCGCAAUAUGUCACCAUUGCAGAAAUGUUGCCGAAUUGGUUGUACAAAAAAAUCUCUUUUAAGAUUUUGCUGA